CGGGGGAGUCCAAUGGAAGCCUUCGUCGCAGCCCGGAGGAGACAAUCGAGAGCGAUUUAGCCUGAAAAACGGAGUCCGUUUCUCCAGAAGCGGUUCUAAACCGAGUCUUUUCUCCGCAGUCUGGAUCCGCGGUUCUCUCCGCUGCGUGUUUGCGUCUCUGAUUGGCCGUGAACGGCGGCUGCUCGGCCUUGUUUAUACUGUGCAGGGCAGCUUGAAUCAGGGAAGCAGGCCCGGUCCUGUUAACGAGUUUAACGACCGUUUCGGGUCCGGAGUGUAUUUCGUGUGGAUCGGCCCUUUAGCUCACCAAAGAAUAUGACCCAGAUGCAACAAUGACAUCCAGAUUUGGUAAAACCUACAGCCGCAAGGGAGGGGAGGGCACGUCCAAGUUCGACGAGGUUCUGUCCACCAAGAGAGGCACCCUCAGCACCAAAUGGGGCGACACCACCUACAAGGCCAAGGUGGGCUCCAAGCGCGCCGGCGCCCCCAAGAAUGACUCUGUCCUGGAGGUUUACAAGAGGCCUCGUCCGUGCGGAGACGGCCUGGAAGAUCCGUUUGGGUUCGACAGCGACGAGGAAUCUAAACCCGUGUCGUCCCGCGGCGGCAGCAAGUCGUCGCCCGCCAAGCCGGCCUCGGCAGAGCCUCCACAGGCGCAAAGACCGGACGCUUCUCUGCACACGGGCAGCAGGUCCAGCUUCCAGGGAGCGUCCCACACUUCAGCGUCCGCUCGAGGGGCGUUGUGGCCGGGCGGGGACAAGAGCCAGCCCAGGAUGGUGGAGGACACGGCUCGGUUCUUCAACAGCAGUGCUAGCAUCGGGAAGUCUAAGCAGAGCUUGUCUUCGUUGGAGAACCAGCACAGCUACUCGUGGUACCAAAAUGCUUCCGAGAGCGACAAGAAGCCCCUGGCCCAGACCACCACCCUGAAGACGGGGUCCAAGGCCGAGCCCGCCUACGACUCCUGGGAUGUUAUCAUGGGCUUCCGCCCGCCUUCACCCACCCAGGAACCCCGCAACCCCGCCCCCACGCUCUCCUGGGCCACAGCGGGCGUCACCGCCGGCGGCUGCGACCCGGUCCAGACCCGGCACCAGAAGCCGCCCUCUCCUCCACGGCUCCAGAGCCUCAUCGAGAGUGACGACCUGGGCGGCGACCCCGACCUUCUGGAGACGUCAGAUUUCUCCCAGACCUCCACCUCGUCGUCACUUGAAAGAAACUCUAACUGUCGGACAUACCGGAGGCCCAGCAAACAGGGCUCUGGCAAAGCCUCGGACUCCAGCGGCUUCGCGAGCGCCGUUUUUGGCACGGAUCUUCCCAAAUCCACGUCCGACGGCAGUAAUAAAACGUCAGGUAGCGGUGGAGGUGGAGGAGGGAGUCGGGGCAGGACGAGGGACUACACAGUGCUGCACCCCUCUUCAAUGUCAAUGUGCAACGUCACCAUCCAGGACCGAGGGGUGGAGGAGUUUAGUAAUGAUGCAGCGCCCUCUAGUGGUAGCAGUAGUGCCGGUUCUGGCAGCACGACACAGCUAGGGGAGGCAGGGUGGCAGCGCAAGAAGACGGAACAGCAAAAUACAAGGUUCCGGCCGACCCAGACCAAGUCAAAGAAGGACAGUAAGCUGGACCUGUUCGGCUUUGAGGACGCGGACGCCCACCAGGAGGAGGACGGCGCCGACGGCAGAGACGGCCAGUCCAGUUACAAAAUCAAAUACUUCGGCUUCGAUGACAUGAGCGACAGCGACGGCGCCGAAGACGACGACGACGGCUUGAAAGAGAGGAGGAGGGCCAAGAAGGCUGCUGCCGCCGCCGCCGCUGCUGCUGCUGCUGCUGCCGCCGCCGCCGCCGCCAAGGUAGCCCCGGUGGUUACCGUAGAGGAAAUGCUGACCGAUGAGCCGCCAGAUCCGUUCGAGAUGCUGGAGAUCCGGGAAAGACCGACAGUCAAGGAGAGCAAGAAGAACUCUGAGAGGAUGGAGAGCAGGAUACGAGCAGACGUCCUGGACUUCUCGGAGGACGGGCUCAGGGUGGUGGCGAGCGGUCCGAGGAGGACGCCUCAGGGCAAGCCGGCCGAGAAGAACCCGGACACCUUCCGGAGGAUCUUCAGUGCACACAAGAAGUCUCCCACCAAAGCGGUGUACAACGCCCGACACUGGACGGUGGGCAGCGAAGAGGAGCCUCCUCCGUCCUUCUUCUCAAAGUCCCAGGUGGCUCCAGCCACGGUCUCAGCCGGAGGAUCCGGCAAAGAGGCGUCCGACCCUCAGAAGGACGACGGCGUCUUCAAAGCUCCUCCUCCUCCGCCGAAGGUCACCAAGUGCGUCACCUUCCCCACGGACCCCUACCAGGACACGGUCACCACGCUCAAGUGUCGCAAAGAGCACAAGGAGCUGUACACGGUGGUCCAGCACGUGAAGCACUUCAACGACGUGGUGGAGUUCGGAGAGAACCAGGAGUUCACUGAUGACUUUGAGUAUCUGGCGACUGGUCUGAAGAGCGGACAGCCUCUCAACACACGAUGCCUUAGUGUGAUCAGCCUGGCGACGCGCUGUGCCAUGCCCAGCUUCAGGAUGCACCUCAGGGCCCGAGGGAAGGUGGCGCAGGUCUUCAAAACGCUCAACGACGCCCCGCAACACCCGAACUUGGCUCUGUGCACGGCGUCUCUCAUGUACAUCCUGAGCAGAGACCGCCUCAACAUGGACCUGGACCGCUCCUGCCUGGACCUGAUGAUCCGGCUGCUGGAGCUGGACCAGGACCAGGGGGGCGGCGCCGCCGUCGUCGUCGUCGACACCACCGUCCAGUUCAGCGCCAGGGAGAUCGCCAAGAUGAAGGAGAAGAUCAGGAAGCUGUGCGACACCGUGCACAACAAGCACCUGGACCUGCAGAACAUCACGACGGGUCACCUAGCGAUGGAGACGCUGCUGUCCUUGACCUCGAAGCGAGCAGGAGACUGGUUCAAAGAGGAGCUGCGGCUACUGGGAGGACUGGACCACAUCGUAGAUAAAGUGAAGGAAUGUGUCGAUAACUUAAACCAGGAGGACGACAAGGAGAAGCUGGGGUCGGCUCUGUGGGGAGCUGAGAGAUGUUUACGGGUGCUGGAGAGUGUGACGGUCCACAACCCAGAGAACCAGAGCUACCUGAUCGCCUACAAGGACUCGUCGCUCAUCGUCUCUUCUGCAAAGGCUCUGGGGAGGUGCGAGGCGAUGAUCCAGCGCUACAGCCGCGAGGUCAACUCGGACGGAGCAGUGGUCGGCAAAGCGGUGGAGGACUGCAUGAGGGCCAUCAUCGGAGUCCUGCUCAACCUGACGCACGACAACGAGUGGGGCAGCACGAAGACCGGCGAGCAGGAGGAUUUGAUAGUGACGGCUCUGAACUGUGUCCUCAAAGUCCCUCAGUAUCUCCCUCAGGAGCAGAGGUUCGACAUCCGGGUGCUGGGUCUGGGCCUGCUCAUCAACCUGGUGGAGUACAGCUCCAGGAACCGCUACUGUCUGAUGGAGAUGGAGAUGGAGGGAGGCCAGGGUCCCUGCGACUCCACCGUCCUGCUCAGCCCUCAGCACCAGGACCUGGCCAGCACCGGCCCGCUCAGCGCCAUCGCCGCUCUCGUGCAGCUGUUCCUCCAGCGGGAGCGAGCCGCCGUCCUGGCCGAGGCGCAGACCGAUGACCUCAUCAAGGAGGCGCCGAAGCCUGCGGCGGACCAGAGCGGCCAGUGGCAGGAGACGGGCGGCGAGAUCCAGUGGGUCGCCAACGACAACGACACCGAGAAGCAGGACGACGGCAAGAAGGCGCCGGCGGACGAGGAGGACGAGGAGCUGGACCUAAACAAAGCUCUGCAGCACGCAGGGAAGCACAUGGAGGACAGCAUCGUGGCCUCCUACACGGCACUGCUGCUGGGCUGCCUCUGCCAGGGAAGCCCGUUGAAUGUGACUACUGUGAGAGAGAACCUUCCUAAAGGAGAUUUCUCCAUCAUGACAGAAAUGCUGAAAAAGUUCCUCAACUUCAUGAACCUCACCUGUGACGUCGGCACCACGGGACACAAGUCCAUUUCCCGGAUCAUCGACUACCUGGAGCACUGCUAGAGAGAAGCCCCUCACUCACACGUCUCCUCCGUCGUCGUUACCUUCUUCAUCAUCAUCAUCAUCAUCAUCACCUCAGAUCCGGUCCACCGCCGGACGCCUGCUGCACAGACUCUCACCGUCUCCUUCGUCUCUUCGCUGUCGCCGUGACAACCUCAUCAGCACCGGAAAAGAAAAAAAAAAUUUGCCUCCAGAUGGGUUUGAGUUCGUUUUUGCUCCUCUUCAACCCGAGUCAGUAUUUUUUUAUUCUCAAGCUGCUCAGUGUCUUUUUUUUUUUUAUAUUUUAUUUUUGGAGCUAAGUUCCUCUUCAGAGUUCCCUCACGGCUCACCUGCUCGGCCCCUCUUCGGCUGAACAACACCUCGGCAUCGAUCGGCGGCAGAUUGGAGCGGAGCUGCCACUUUCUUCUGCUCUGUCAUCAAAGCCUCCCGAAGCAAACUACUGACCAGGAUAAUGGCUUCACCUCUCCGCUUUGAAAGGAAGAAACGAACCUCCUCCGGCCGCCUCGUUUCUCUCCCGCCGAGCUCCUUCUUCUCCCGCUCGACCUCUGGGCUCCGUCGGAAGGAGGCGCUUUUGAGGCCCCCGAGAAAUCACAAGUAUUGAUCUCGGGAGCUCGCGGGGGGUCCGUUUGUUAGACGUCCGUCUGUAAAUAGCGAGACACUUUUAGGGGCUUCUCUCGGUUUUAAAUCUGCCGCUACGGAGACGGAAUCUUCCCUCGAACCAGCCACACCUGACUCCACAAACACAGCGACCCCCGAGGUUGUUAAAACUUCCAAACUUUUCUCUUUUUUUCUUCCUCCCCUCUCGGAGAAUCGAUCGCGCUCCACAUCAAAGCUUUUCGUGUCUCGGCGGGACCCGAGCCCUCCAGACCAGAACCUGUCCUCCUCCAGCUCCUUUCAAUUACCGCCGGUGUUUGUGCUCCACGCCGCCCCCCCAGAGGAGCCUUCAAUUAUGGCCUCGAGGCGGCCGAGGCGCCCCCCCUCCAGGUCCGAGAGGUGAAGACGAGCUGAAGCCACCAGCGGAGUUUGUUCUGUUGUUUCCACCGAAAGAAAAAAAAAAAACUGUAGAUGCUCAGAUCCCACGACGGAUCCAACACAGAGUUCAGUAAAGUCCCGACGUCUGGCUGCUCCCAGACUAAAGCUGAGUUCAUAGAAACGAGUCAACAGGCGAAAAAAAAACUGAGACUCAAGUGUGAAAUCCAUCAGCUUUUGUUAAGUGAACGCGCUGUUUGUGGACGGUUCAUGAGCUGCAACUGUUAGUUUAUCAUCAGUCUGAUCCUCCGUAGACGUUAUAAACCCUCACAGGACUUAUUAAACAGAAGCUUCUACAAUAAUGUGGCCGAAAUAAAAGUCAGAGGCUAAAAUGUCCUCCUACGUUUCCCACAAUGCACCUGGAUAACAUCAUUACUUCCUGGUUUGUGAUUCAAACCUGAAGCUAAAGCGGCUCCUCACAGCUGAACUGUAUCUGCUCGUUGCAGCUCAUAAACUUCUUAUAAAAGGCGUUUUAUUAGAAUUUUUAUGUUGUUUGGCCAAAAAAAAACCUGUUUUGUUUUAAUUCUGAGACCAGAAGACACUUUAGUUUGAGCAAAACAGAACAUUUAAAGCUUCCAGCUGAAAUUUAACAAAAUAUUCGUCCUUCUGGUGUUAAUUCGUGUUGAUUUUUUUUUUUUUUUACGUUUUGUUUUUGUCAUGAGCUCCUGUUGGAUGAUUCGCUGUUUGGUUUAAAGUUCAGAUUUUAAAAAGAAAGAAGAAGAAAUGAAUUCUGUUUUUUGUCGUCUCAGUUCGCAGCUCGUGUUCAUCCUGUUUUCUGUUCCUCUGCUCGCCGACGGUUCAACCCUCACACUCCUGUUCUUUCUCUUUUUUAAAACAAGAAAAAAGAAGAAGAAGAAGUUUACAAGAGCUUUAUUCGCAGACGUCUGGAAGAAUGAAUGGAAGAGCUUUUUGUACAUAGUUCCUGUACAUAGAUUGGUUUCCUCGUGUAGGAGGAGAGUCCCGGGGUCAGGGGUCGGGUCGGGGGUCGCGGGCGGGUCGGGGUUAAAUUUAAAUCUAGACUGUAGACUCUACUUUUCUGAAUCUGACUCUAUUUUUCAUUUUCUAAAGCCUUUUCUCCCGGUCGUGUUGUUGUUUUGGACAGACAGACAGAGAGCUUCUUAACAAGCCAACUGCAGGAAAACUUGAUCUUUGUACCAAUUUGCAGACUGAUGUCUUUGGUUACCUGUACAUAAUUUUAAAAUAAUAAAAAUUGCUACUUUCAGUAA